ACAGAAGUACCCCAUAGACUUUUCACGUCAUCUAGUGCCAGAACUCAAUAAAUUCUAUGAUAUAGAUGACACAGUACAAGUUGGAGACCCGUGAGAAAAAUUCUGUGCUAAUCUUCCCUAUAUAAACACACUAGUUAGACAACCCAUUAAACCAAGUCCAUCAGGAAAGCUCCCAAUUUCUCAAAUUGUGCAUCCAGCAGACAAUGGGCAUUCGUGUAACAGACAUGGUCAUUCAUGCUAGACAAAUUAUCCGGAGACAUAAAAGCAGGUCUCAUUCCAUCUCAUCUUAUUCACAACCAACAUCAACAGCAGCGUUGGAUGUUCCGAAAGGCUAUUUUGCGGUUUAUGUCGGUGAGGAAGACGAGAAGCAGAAGCGAUUUGUGAUUCCGAUAUCCUACUUGAACUACCCUUUGUUCCAAGACUUGUUGAAUCAGGCUGCAGAAGAAUUCGGUUUUGAUCCUCCAACGGUGCUACAAGUGCUUUCAGAUAACCAAAAGCUAUCGCCUGUUAGGCUGUUACAGUUGCAAGUAAAUGCAAAGAGUUGUUAAGAGGUUAAAGAUGUUCUCCCAUAUGAUUUCUUAGUAUGCUUCAUUUGAUUUUAGAGAAAAUGUCCCUCAAACAAGCCCUAAACAUAGAAAUACAGAAACCUUAACCAGCAAUGUGAUGCAAUGACAGUGUAUUCCAUUAUGAGAAAUGCGAUGUGAUUUGGAAAACCACACUUGGCGCAGCAUACAAUAACACCAGUAAACUAGUGAUGCAAUGCCAAGAUUUGCAAUGGAAUUAUAACAGAGCAGAAGUAUCAGCAUUACGAAGGCAGUCCUUGAAAUCCAAUUCUACCAAAAACGUAAAAUGCGCCAGUGUAUUUGAUACGGAUUCCACAGAAAAGCAAAAUAGAAAAGUAAAAAGAUAUCCUAUAGCAGUCAGCUGGCUGCAGACAGAUUAUUAGCAUUAAUCUUGCAAUUGAUAAUCACCUUGUGA